GGAGCUAUAAGAGGUGGAGAUAUAAGAGGAGGAGAUAUAAGAGGAGGAGAUAUAAGAGGUGGAGGCACAGCGGCACCUCAGAGGAUCCACACACUUCUACUACGGGGAGAUGGAACCGGCAGCCAGCAGAAAGAUGGAGGUGGCGGCACUCGGCCGCCCGUUCAGCCUCGGGAUGCUUUACGACUGCAGAGAGGACUCACUGGUGCCUGGCUUGACACUUUGGAACUGUGAUGACUUGGGAAAAGAUACAAGAGAAAGACAACAAGCAAGCAGUGACUUUGAGAUAGUCGCAUCUGAAUCUAUUGCAGAUAAAUCUGCAGCGCUGAAAGUUGAAGCUUCUCUGAAAGCGAGUUUCCUGUGUGGACUGGUGAAGGUUGGAGGAUCGGCCAAAUACCUGAAUGAUCACAAGAAAUCCAGACAUCAAGCCAGAGUAACACUGAACUACAAAGCCACCACAAAGUUCCAGGAACUGUCCAUGAACCAUCUUGGAAGAGGAAAUGUGAAGCAUCCAUACGUCUUUGACAAAGGAUUAGCAACCCAUGUAGUCACAGGUAUUCUUUACGGGGCACAAGCCUUCUUCAUCUUUGACCGUGACGUGUCUGAAGAUGAGAAUCAUCAAGACAUUCAGGGUGACCUAAAGGUCAUGAUCGAUAAGUUCCCCAGCAUUAAGAUAGAAGGUGAAGGUUCCCUGAAGAUGGAGGAAAAGGACAAAGAGAAAGUUGACAAAUUCUCCUGCAAAUUCCACGGAGACUUUUCCCUUGAAGAGAACCCUGUGUCCUUCAGUGAGGCAGUAAAAGUCUACCAGAGUCUGCCAAGACUGCUGGGAGCCAACGGAGAGAACGCCGUACCAAUGACGGUCUGGCUGCUGCCGCUGGCAGGUUUAGAUUCUAAAGCUGCUAGACUUGUUCGUCAGAUAAGUAUACGAUUAGUUCAGGAAUCCCAAAGCGUCCUCGAGGACUUCAGUGAGCUGGAAAUGAGGUGCAAUGAUGCGUUGAACAACACCACUGCACAGAAGUUCCCACAGAUUGGAAAAAAGAUCAAAACCUUUAAAGAGAUGUGCUCUGAGUCCAGACAGGAUCUCCAACAAACUUUGGCAAAAAAACUUCCAUCAAUCCGAGGAGGAGGAGAAGAGGAAGCUGUGCUCACUGACAUCCUGAAGAAAAGACAUUCUUCUCCUUUCAACAGCAAAAAGCUCAACGAGUGGAUUGAAUGUAAAGAGAGAGAAAUCCACAUGUUGAAGUCUUUCACCAACAUCAUGAAAAACACAAAGAUCGUUACAUCUCAAAAUGAUCUUGAUGCAGAAAUUCUCAGUUCGGAACAUGUGAUGUGCUUUGUCUUCACCUCACUAGGAAGUCCUGACUCGUACCUCUCAACGUUAUCAAGCUACUUAAGACAAACAGAAGAGAACCCUCAAGAUACACACACUCAAGAUAUAGAGAAGGAACAAUGGUUCCUCUCCAACAAAAUAGCAGAUACAUUGAGGCUCAAAGUGAAGCUCUUCAGUGAUUUUGCAGUGGCCAACAAGGAGAACAAGAACAUUAAGUUCUUGACCUUGGGAUUAGCAAAUGAGGCACAGAAAGGUUCAAGCAUCUACCUUUAUAAAGACGGCUUUUCUGUCAGUGAGAACUUUGAGCCUCCUUCAAGGCCUGAAACGUUAACAGUAAGCGACAUAAACCACAACAGUGUGACGCUGAAGGUGUCUCCACCCAGAUUUGGAGCAGAGAACAUCACCUCCUACUCUGUUGAGUACUGUGUCAGUGGAGAAGAUGGAUGGAAACAGAAGGCAGCAUCCAGAGAUGAAGAAGUCCCAGUGAGCGGUCUGAGUCCUAACACCGAGUAUGUGUUCAGAUGCAGAGCGGUGACCUCAGCAGGUCUUGGACCAGCCAAUGAAGUCAGUGGUUCCAUUAGGACCUUACCCUGCAGCCCUCCUGGGAAACCUCAGGUUGAACCCAAUUCAACAGAGGCAUCAGUCAGCUGGGAGAAACCUGCUGAGCUCGGACAAGAUGUCCUCAUUCUGACCUACAUGGUGGAGUACGCAGAGACCAAAGACGGGGUGAAAGAGGAAGAUCUCCGAUGGAACCAAAUGAUGUCAACGGCUGAAAAGGCCGUCAUUUCAGGACUUCGGGCAGAGACGGAAUAUGCCGUCAGGGUCCGAUGUGAUUGCGGUGCAGCCGACAGAAGCAAAGAAAGCGUCACUGUUAAAGUCUACACAACAAAACGGGAAUUUGCACGUCUUGCAGAAUACCUUAAACACAUUAGCAAAAGAUUAACUUCUAAAUCUCCUUCAGUCUACAAACUACGUCUGACAGAAGAAGAUAUGAACAUAGACGGAUGCCGGUACUAUACCUUCGGCAAAGAAAGCAUGAGGCAAAAUCGCACAAUAAUGCUUCUUGGAGCGACGGGAUCAGGAAAGUCUACUCUGAUCAAUGGGAUGAUCAACUACCUGGUUGGUGUGGAGUGGAAGGACUCCUUCAGAUUUCAUUUGGUUGAAGAGGAUCAGUCGAGAUCUCAGGCUGAAAGCCAGACCUCUGAAGUCACCGUCUACAAAAUCAGCCACCAGGAGGGAUUUAAAAUCCCUUUCUCUCUGACCGUUGUGGACACACCAGGGUUCGGGGAUACAAGAGGAAUAGUGAGAGACCGCGAGAUCACCGAGCAAAUCAGGAGGCUUUUCACCUCCGCCAAUGGAGUCAGUGAGAUUGAUGCCGUGUGCUUCGUGACUCAGGCGUCUCUUGCGCGACUAACCGCGACCCAGCGUUACGUCUUUGAUUCCGUGCUGGCCAUCUUUGGUAAAGACGUGGCAGAGAACAUCGAGAUGCUGGUGACCUUUGCAGAUGGCAAGCAGCCGCCGGUCCUUGAGGCGAUUAGCCACUCUGGGGUCCCGUGUCCUAAGAACGAGAUGGGAUUUCCGGUUCACUUCAAGUUCAACAACUCGGCCUUGUUUGCAGACAAGAAGAGCAGCCUCGAUCUGGAUGGUGAUGAUGGGGACGAUGAUUUUGACCAAAUGUUUUGGAACAUGGGCGCCAAAAGCAUGGAGAGGUUCUUCUUGGCUUUAAAUAACAUGACAACCAAAAGCCUGCUGAUGACCAAAGAGGUUCUCAGAGAACGGAAGUGCCUCGAAACCGCCGUUGAAGGUUUGCAACCGCAAGUUAAAGCUGGAUUGGCAAAACUGGAAGAAAUCAAGUCGACAAAAGAAAAGAUUAAAGAGCACGAAACAGUGAUGACUUCAAAUGAGAACUUUGAGAUUGAGGUGGAGGUUAUUAAGCCGGUCAAAAGAGUGCUCACACAGAAAGGAGAGUUCAUUACCAACUGCCAGAAGUGUUCGAUAACGUGCCACUACCCGUGCGCGAUAGCUGACGACAGUCUCAAGCAUCGGUGUGCAUCGAUGGGUCAGUCUGGGAUGUGUACCGUCUGCCCGGGGAGAUGCGUCUGGAGCUUGCACUUCAACCAGACGUACAGCUGGGACUACGUCAAAGUGACAGAGAAGCAGACGCUGCACGAGCUGAAGGUGAAGUAUAAAAGAGCGACGGAGGAGAAGAUGACUGUGCAGGACCUGAUCGAGAGGCAGGAGGAAGAGAUCGCUCAGCUCCAGGACAUGAUAGUGUCCCUCAUGGACCAGUCCUCUCAGUCCAUAACCCGCCUGCAGGAGAUCGCCCUGAGGCCCAACCCGCUGACCACUCCGGAGUACAUCGACAUGCUGAUCGAGGGGGAGCGGUCCGAGGCCAAGCCGGGGCACCGGGCUCGAAUCCAGUCUUUGAUGGCGAUGAAGGACAAAGCCCACAUCAUCUCCAAGGUGUCCAAACGACAGAAACUCAGCCGGACGGAGGAGGAGCUGCACAGAGAGAACGAGGAGAGGAAAGAGAAAAAGGGUUGGGUCGAGAAAGUGACAAAUUUCUUUGGUCUUUAGGUAAAAACGUGACGUGGUGUGGUCGCCAUGACGACCUCAUGAAAAAUAAAUCAGAAAUCAGAGUACGGAUGAGCCAACGAAUCGUCAUUUGGAAGUGAUUGCAUUGGUCAUUUCCCAAUUUCAUUUUAUUGUUGAGAUGGCUAACAUAAGCUAGCUAGCCAGUUAGCAUGCAACUUUAUUUGUACUUGCGAAGAUGCCGACAUCAAACGCAGAAUUUUUCUUCUUUUUUACGUAAUUUAAUUGUUAGUUUGCUGCUUUUUCAGUUAAAGCUGCUAACGGUGAUGUUCUGAUUAGUUGAGCUUCAGUGCCUCAUUCAAUUAACAAUAAGGAUUUUAAUAAGAAUGAAUGAAGGAAUGAAAACCAACCCUCAUAAAAUAAAUACGUUGAAAAUAACUUUUUGCAUCGAUUUUGGACCCUUCCAAAGCUUCUUGUAGCCAAAUUGUUCUUUAAUUUCUAGAAAAUACAUAAAUAAUUUAAAUGUUGAGGUAUUGUAGUAAAUAUGCUCAUUUAUACUGAAAUAUAAUUACAAUGCAAUGACGUGAUAAUAAAUGAGACGAAGCCUUUCUUCAUGUCUCAUUGGUAUUUGUAUCUGUUUAGCUCCUCCCAUCAAACAUCCAGGUUUCUACCUGAGUUAAACUUUAAACGCUGUUUAGUGGAAGGUGAGAAGUUUAGUUUUUAAACCUCAUUAUGUGAUGUUGUCAUAUGUGUUAAGUUUAGUGUCUCUGAAAUUACUUUCAUAUAUAUAAGUGUUUACUUCAGAUUACUUCUGAAGUUGAUACAAUAUUACAUUAAAAGUACAUGAGUAAUAUUUGUAUGCUGUUUUCAUAACAAUAUGCUUGUAGAAGAUCAAGACUGUUUCAUUACAGACGUAAAUAAAAUGUAAUUAAACAAAGUUCUGAUUUCAGCUUCUUUAAUCCGUGAAAAAACAAAAACUGUAACAUCACUUUCUUCUUUUCAACGUGAGCAUAAAACCAAAGUCACAUCUCAGGAGCCAUCCCGUAAUAAGAGGUGAACACGAUUCAUUAAUGAGGAAUCAAACCUUCCAUCUUUGAGGAUUUUUGGUGCUCUGAAAAUAAAAUGUUUCAGAGUUUUAAGCGUUUUGUUAAAAAAGUGAUAAUAAAACAAAAACAUGGAAAAUGUGAUUUUUUUAUCGCGGUUUAACUUUUACGUUUGUUCUUGAAGUGAAUUUGACACAAAAUGAAUGAUUAUUAAACCAUAUUCACAUUUAUAUCCUUAUGUUUCUAAAUCAUAAAACACGUUUAGUCCGUGUUCCCUUUUCAAUAAAAACACUGAAUGGUUCCUGUUGCAUUGUGGGACGUCUUCGUGGUUGAAGGUCCCUUCGUAACACAUUUAACAUUUAGUUUGAGACAAAACAUCAAAGAACAACUUCGUCCUGUUGGGGGGUUUGUAGUAACAGACUCACCACUUACACUAUUGUACAUUAUUAUACACACUAUUGUACAUUAUUAUACACAUAGUAUUGUACACUUUUAUACAGUGAGGUUUGCGUCUCGACUUUUACUUCUUUUUGUAGAUUCUUUUUAAGGCAUAAAACAAAACAGCAUCAGAAGGAAACUUGAACAUCCGAUGAAUGAGAAGAGAAACAGAACAGAAAUAUAUAAAGACUAAAACCCACGGGUCCCUUUAGGCGCCAUCAUUUGUUCUCAUUUCCAGCCUUUGGCUUCUUUUCCUCCUCCAGUUGGCUACAAAUGUCAGAGGUCAAAGGUCGCCCUCAAAGUGGUGAAGCGGAUUUUAUUUUUAAACGCUGUGAUCAGACAGGAAGACUUUAAGUUACUGAUGGAAAACGAUCCUCAGCGGCGUUAGCGGUGCUCUGUAGCUAACGGGAUGCUAACGGGAAAGGAGACGCAAGCAAAAUGCCCUCCGGCACGUUUCGAAUGGAGACGGCGGGUUCCUCUCGCUGAGGCUUUAACGAGGAGGAAGAUCUGCUUCCGGUUCCUCAUCGCGUUCCAAAAGCACCUUUCUUCACACGCUGCUCUCCAAACGAUGCGUUCAGGGGAUGUCAGACAUUGCAGGUUUAUAAUGACAUCGCUCUGCUCUUAGUCUCCGCCUCCUGUCACGCCUCGACAGGAGGCGACUCGAUAAUGACCUCAAGCCCUCUUAUUAGCAUUUUAAGUCUAUUCCUUAUAACUAACAAUUCAAGUCGGUACUUUUUAAAUAUGACGGUGGCCGGACGGCUUUCCAUUGAACACCGAGCCCCUUCGACCCCAAUCAAGAGAAUUAUCACAAAAUCAGCAGAUGGAAUGUCGAAAAAAAUAAAAAUAAUCAAAUGAUUGAAAACAAAAGCUUUUGUGCUGCUUUCAGGUCUGAAUUAAUCUGUGGGAAAUACGAACCACUGACAGGCAACGAAGAAAUGAGCCUUUGGAGUAACAUUGUCGGAGGUUUUUUACUAAAGUACUUUAACGCGUCGCCGCGGUAACGUCAUACGUCACAUGUCUGUUUGACCCGAUGGAGCUUCAGACCGCGGGGGG